AUGUCAAAGAAUCAAGAGAAAUUAAAAAAGGAGUUAUUAGAAUAAGUUAGUAGAGAUGUGUAAAAUACCUAAGACCCUUAGAAAGAAGCAUUUAAAUUAGUUUAGAAUGCAAAUGAAACCUUUAAAUAAUUUGAAUCUGCUCUUAAAAAACCACUAGAUGAUGAGAUGUUAAAGUAGAGAGGUUCAUCAAAAAAGAAUGUCUAAUUUGCUGAUACCAUAAAAUCAUCAACAGAAAUAGAUAGAUCAAAAUCAGUUGAAAAUAAAAAAGAUGAAAAGCCCAUCUUAUAAUAAUAAUUUAAGUAAAAUGAAUCUAAAGUAAUUAUACCUGAACGUUAGAUUAAAGUUUAAAAGAAGGAAAAUAAGUAAGAAAAGCCAAUUUAAAAAACAAACCAAAAAUAAGAGAAAUCUACAACAGCAAUACCAGAAAGAAAACAAUAAACAAAGGAGAAUUAAGAUUAAAAGAAAAGUAAUUAACAAUAAGAAUAACCUUAAAAACAAUAAACAACAAUGAAUUAACAAUAAAUAUAAGAGAGAGAGAAAAUAAAUUAAAGUCAGAAAUAAGUAUUAUCUGAGAGUGAAUCAUCAAGUGGAUAUGAUGAAAUGAGAAGAGAGAAGGGAAAUCAUAGUCAUUCAUGUAGAAAACACUCUAAAGAGAGAGAGAUAGCUAAUAAAUAUGAAGAAAUAAUAGUGAAAAAUUAAGAAUCGGCAUAAUAAUUAUAAAUUUAAUUGAAUGAGUAGAAUAUUGAAAAAACAAAAUUAAUAACUGAAAAUACAAAACUUAGUAGUCUUAAUGAUAUGCUUUAAUAAGAAAUAAGAAAUUUGAAUAAAUAGCUGAGUUAAUCUAAAUAAUAAAUUGAAUCUUUGGAUAAAUAAUUAUAUGAUUUAAAAUAAACAUCUAGAUCUGAAUUGUUGAUCAUAAAAGAUUAAUUAUAGGAGUAAAAGUUUUAAUGUGCUGAAUUAGAAAAUAGAAAUAGUUAUUUAAAUAAAGCUAAAGAUACAUUUGAAUAAAAUUUGAAAUAGUUUGAAGCAGAGGUUGGAAGAUUAUAAAAAGUUAAUCUUCAAUAAACUUAAGUAGCAGCUUAAGAUAAGUUGGCUAUUUUAGAAAAAGAUGGUACAAUAGAAAGAUUACAAAAGUUGAAUCAUCAACUAAGUGUAGAUUUAAAUCAAAUAAAUACAUUGUAUAAGGAAGUAAAUGAAAAGCAUAAGAGUUUAUUAGCUGCUUAUAACAGUUUAGAGAAUCAGAAAAUAACAAUAGAGAAUGAUUUAGAGUUUAGGAAAAAGGAUUAAUAAGAUCACUUAAGUAGUUUAAAAGAGAAGAUACAAAAAUUAACAAAUUAAAAGACUAUAUAUGAUGAAGAAAUGGCAAAAAUGUAAUAAGUUACUUAGGAUGCUAAGGUAGAAAGAGAUUAAUUUAAAUUAUAAUAUGAGUAGAUGAAAGUAUUAUGUUCAGAAUCUGAGGAAUUGAGAAAGAGAUUAAAACUUAGGGAAGUAGAAAAUGAAUAAUUAUAAUGUGAGAAUGAUAAACUUAAAUGGAAAGUAAGGAAGGAUCCUAAUGGUAUUUUAUCUGAUCUUAAAAUAAUGAAAUUGCAAGCAGAAGAUCCAAAUGCUAAAGUAUCAAUGGAAUAAUUAUCGAAGUUAGACAAUUAGGUUAGAUAAUUGUAGGAAGAGAAUAAUAGGUAGAAAUGAUUAAUUAAAUUUUAGAUUAUCUGCAGAAAAUAAAUAAUUAAUUAAAUAGAUUUAAUAGACUGAGUUAUAUGUUCAAGAAGUUAAAUCUAUGUUUGAUAGAGAAAGGUCAUUUCUAGAAGAGAAAGUAUUUCACAAAGAUAAAGAAAUAAAUGAAAUGGUAAUAAGACAUCGUCAUGAAAUGGCUGAUAUUGAAAAUAAAUACCAAGAUCUUUAAAGGAGAUAAGACAAUAAUGAAAAUAAGACAAGAUAAACCCAUCAACCUUAUCAAUAAUAAUCAUACUCUUAGUAUAAUUAAUCUAGUGUAGCUUAACAAUCAAAUUCGAAGGUUUCACCAUACAGUGUUCCUUAAUUAUAAGCAAAAAUUAAAUCUUAUAUUUGAC